AUGCUCAGGCCGCUCUACAAAGCCAGAUGUGGCCGGGGAAAGGCGUCUCUAGGCAUUUCGAUGCAGCAAGGCAUCAGCCCAUACACACACACAAAGGAGGCGCCAGUGCCGCACUGCGCUCUGCCUCACACAAAGGACCGCGCCACCACCCCUCCGCCCCGCCCGCCGGGACUUGUAGUUCCCGUCCCCCCCGCCAAGCCGCAGAGGAGAAAGCGGCCAGACUACAACUCCCAGCAGCCCCCGCGGCCCAGCCCCGCACCCCUGCCUCCAUCUUGGCUGCGGUCGGAGCCUCCAUUUUCGCUCCCUCCCCCCAACUUAAGUCACCGCCGCCGCCACCACGCGCGGACGCCUUGGUCUCGACUCUUCGUCUCGGCUCUGCGGCCUGACGCGAGGUCUCUACCGUCGAACACGGGCCGGGUGGGAAAGCCCGAGGCGGAGACCCAGGGUGAGAUUUCCCCCUACCCGGAGCUCCGGGAGUGCCCACCUUGA